AUGGUGCAGAACGCGCUCCUCCCCAAACCCCUCCCCGCCGACGUACUCUCGGUUGGUCAGCUGCUUACAGACCCCUUACACCCGGAACGCGAUUCCUUCUACCCCGACAAGGCACAUUCCGAAGUCGACGACCUCAAUGACUUCCACAUCCAACUACGCUACAAGGACAUCUACUCGGUCGACAAUGAGGGUCGCUUCAUGGCCAACUACGGCGCCAAGUUCGACCUGGGAAGGAUAUACAGACAGCCAAACCUUAUCACCGUAAAGGCAGAGCAGAUGGUACAAUGCACAAGUCAGAGUCCCUCAAAAGCUUUCCAGGCCGUAUGUGGGGAUGCCGAGGCUCGCGUCUGGAUGGCCGAGCAGAUACAAGCUGGCAAGCCGCUACACAUCGUCUUGGGCUUGACAGAGCUUAAGAAUGCAACUUUCAAGCGCGCCAAACUCCGCGACGCCGGCGCCUCAAAUCGCAUCAACGAGAUGCCCAUCGAACAGGACGCAAAGGUGCCCAUGCCUCUACGUGGCAGAGGUCAAGCUCAUCUUGGAGGAAUCGGCUCCGAGCCAACCAUAUCGGGUGUUUUUGGCAUGGAUGUACGACGUGUUGCCGCGAGGAUCACUGUACCGGAGGAACCACAUCGGCUGGAGGACAUCGGAUACCGUUGGUACUACUACGACGUACCCGGCUCAAACAACAAGGAACAGCUCAUGGUAGGGCUCGGAGAGAAACUCAAGGCCAACGAUCUGCGUCUGAUGCUUGAUCUCACCGAGGAGGAUGUCCAGGGUAACCUCGAUGCCAUCAGCAAGCUCAGUCUCGAUGCUAUGAGUGCUACAUCGAGCCCCAUGCUGAAGCCUAGCACGCCGAUGUUGCGAGGACGAUCGCCUUCCCCACAUCCGGCCAUGCUUCGCGCCUAG